GAAAGGUCGGAGGACCCCGCGGAAGAACGGCGGACAUUUUCAAAUUUUCAAAACAAACCCGGCUGGUUGUUGUUGUUCUUCUUCUUCUACCAUGCGAAGUGUCCACUUGGCACUUGCAGCUGUUACAGACCACGGGCAAAUCUUCAUUUGAAACCAGCUUUAUUCACCAUGGACGCGGGCGAGAAGCACGACGACGGCGGCAGAAGUGAGAAAACGGCGGAAGUUCCCAAAGCGCCGUCCAUCGAGGAUUUCGCCGUUUUGAAGCCCGUCAGCCGCGGCGCCUUCGGCAAAGUCUACCUCGCCCGGAAGAAGUGCAACGCGCGCUUAUACGCCAUCAAGGUGAUGAAGAAAGCAAACAUGGUCGACAAGAACAUGACGGGGCAGAUGAAGGCAGAGAGAGACGCCCUGGCUCUGAGCAAAAGCCCCUUCGUGGUUCACCUGUUCUACUCCCUCCAGACAGCCACCAAAAUCUACCUGGUAAUGGAGUACCUCAUCGGCGGCGAUGUCAAGUCUCUGCUUCACAUCUACGGCUAUUUCGACCAGGACAUGGCCGUGAAGUACAUUUCAGAGGUCGCUCUGGCUUUGGACUACCUUCACCGGCACGGCAUAAUCCACAGGGACGUGAAGCCGGACAACAUGCUCAUCACCAACGAAGGUCACAUCAAGCUGACGGACUUCGGUCUCUCGAAAGUCAAGCUUGACCGAGAGCUGAGUCUUAUGGAUAUCCUCAACACCCCGUCCUUUGCUAAACCGAAGAAAGACUAUUUCCGCACGCCGGGUCAGAUCCUCUCCUUGAUCAGCUCCCUCGGAUUUAACACGCCCACAGAGGAAGGCAGGCGCCACUGCAGCGCGUCUGCGUUGUCCUCCCCCCUGUCCUGUGGCCGGAUAAAUAAACAGAAGAACAACUCUCUCGGCUCUCCCCUGAUGAAGACGAGAGAUCAGCCGUACUCUCCGGCUCACUACUCUUUGAAAUUGGGACACAACAACUGUGUGUUCAGUCCUCACAACCUGACGAGGAAUCUGACCCCCACGCUGCUGAAGACCAGGAAGAGGUUUGAGACGAUGAGCGCGGGCGACACCACCGACACCGAAGGUGCCAUCAGUCCGCUGUGGGAGUGCGAGGAGAAAGAAAAUGAACACGCUAAAGAACAUAAGGGACGGCAGCCCAAACAGGACUUUGUGCCCAGCAAAAAUCUGCUCACUAGGUCAAAUCUAGACCGACUUGCACAAAAGAGGCCUCACACCAACAAACUGGAGUCUGGUUGUGGUUCCACAGCUCCGGAUGAUAUUUGUCCUUUGGGGACAGACGACAAGUGUCAAACUGCUGCGGUUCCCUCGUCGGUGAAGAGAUCGUUUUCAGACGUAGAGAUGAGCCCGGAGGCGGUGGAGAUCCAGGCCAAAAAGAGCAACGCGGACUACAGAAGAUGCUGCGAGAUUCCCAAAGAGACCACUGGCCUGACGGGGACAUUCUGCACCAUCCAGAUAGGCGACUUCCUGGCCUCCACUGUGGAGGGGACCGGGUCGGCUGACGACCGGGGACCAAAGCGCUCCAGUCCCAUCACCGUGACCAAAACCCUGUUUUGUGAAGCGGAAGAGCCAGCGGAGGACGCGUGUGACGAUGACGGCGCCAAAGACCUGUCACGUUCGAGUUUCACGUCGCCAUUCCUGGCGAACGGCGACGUCUGCAGGAGCUUGAGCCUGGACUCCGACGGGUCCAUGAACGAGACGUCCCUCACCAUGGAGAGCCAGUCAUCGCGUUUGUGUCGAGGGGAAAACCAAGACUCAUCCAUCAACGAAUCGAUGCCACGUACUCCCUCUGCUGCCGCCGCUACGGAAACGCCCAAACACCGGCCCGCCGGCCAGAGAGGUGACUCCCACUGUUCCUCUCUCAACCAGCUUUCCGACCUGGCCGGCCGCACGGCACAAUCCCCCUGCUUCCUCAAGCCGAGGAACGUUGUGAUGUUCCGCAGCUACUGCAGCUCCAUCAACCGCUCCAACAUGUCGGGGGUGUCCCGACUCAGCUUCGGCUCGGUGGAGGCCAUGGACGUGUCCACGCCGGCGUCGCGUGGCGUCGCUACGCCGGUGCAGAACAGAGGCGACUCCGGCGGCUCCUCUCUCUGUCGGACGCCCCUGCCCACGUCCACCUCCCACACCCCCUUCAGGACCCCGAAGAGCGUCCGCAGGGGCGCGCUGCCCGUUGAGGGGGCGCCCAUUUUAGGAACCCCGGACUAUUUGGCCCCGGAGCUUCUUCUGGGGAAACCACACGUUUCAGGAAGUGGUCAGUGUGACUGCCGGGUGGACUGGUGGGCGCUGGGCGUGUGCCUGUUCGAGUUCCUCACGGGCGUGCCGCCCUUCAACGACGAGACGCCGCAGCUGGUUUUCCAGAAUAUUCUCAACAGAGACAUCCCGUGGCCCGAGGGAGAGGAGGAGCUGUCUGAGAAUUCAAGAAAUGCCAUUGAAAUCCUCCUGACAAUGGACAUGACGAAACGGGCAGGUCUCAAGGAACUCCAGCGCCAUCCCCUGUUUGGCGGCCUGGACUGGGACAACCUGUCCAACCAGCCCAUGCCCUUCAUCCCUCAGCCCGAGGACGAGACGGACACCUCGUACUUCGAGGCCAGAAACAACGCGCAGCACAUCAACGUGUCCGGCUUCAGCUUAUAGUUCUAUAGGUGAAACAAAUCGGAUCCGUCGUACAAAUAAAUACACAAGGUGGAUUCUGGGCUGAUAUUCUUUAAAAGAAAGAUUUCACGUACGUGCAAUCACUGGUCAUGAGAAUCAGGUAAAAGCUGAAUCUGUUGGUCUAUGAGUAGUAGAAAGAGAAUUUCUUUCAAGUGUUAUCAUAUUAUGUUCAGUAGUUCUGGCUCUUAAAAGUAGAUUAGGUUCUUCCGUUAUUUGCUACCGAUAAAGCAAAUUGGUUUCUGUGUUGUUCUGGCGUUGUUUUGAUUAAACAUAAAAUAAUUUGCAUUGUAUGUAAACUCAUGUUAAUGUGGCAAACUCUACCUGGUGGUGAAUCUAACUUUCCAUGCCGAUAUUUUUUUUGUUCUUUUCGUCUUUGUAACGUUCCCCCCGCUGUAAGAAAAACAUCUUAAUAUAUUCAUGAAUAGUUUAUUUUAUUUGUAAAUCUUGUUUAUAGCAUUUACUUCCGUUUUAAGACCCGAGUGUGUCCUUUGUACCCUGCUGCUUUUAUGUCACUUGUAAUUUUGACGUGACAUCAUCGUCCACUGUCCAUUUUCAACACUACUGGUUUUUCUUUUUUAAAAUAAGUUCACUAGGCGCCUCGCAACUUCUUGAAAUUUUUAUCUUGUUCACUCUUAGAAAAAAGGAAAAUACAAAUAAAAUCUGUUUGUAACAUGA